AUGGGCCUUUUCCCCGUGGGGGACUUUGGUCUAACAUUUCAGUGGUGCUCUCGUUCCUUGUACCCUGGACUUCAGAGCACGAGUCCCGCCUUGUCUGCAGGAAGCACCUGUCUCCCCGGGCACGGGCUGCCUGGCUACUACUCCCUCUCCUCUAGCCACCCAGAGUUUGCCCCUGGUGACGGACCUUCUUCGCACGCCUUCAGCCUGCAGGCGAGCGCAGUGUCCACUUGGCCGCACCGAGAGAUGUCCGUUGCCUCCCACCCAGCACUGGGAGCAAUGGGUCGAAUUGGUGAUCAGCCUGCGCUCGUCUCUGGCUCGCCUCCCCUGCGCCCGCCCAUCAGUGUCAAGUCCGAACGGGCUUCCCCGACGGCCCCAUGUGCCUCGACUGGCCCCCAGGCCUCUCAGUGCGCCCGCCCUUCGCUUGCUAAUGUCCCCAUGGACCUACACUCCCGAGACGACUACGUCAAGGCUUACCAUUACUCUCUCCUCCUCUCCCGCCCUCUGGCAGACGAGCAGAGGCACCCCGGCGUCCCCACACGUCGCCCACAACCUGCCAUGGAUGAGUGGCAGAGAUAGUGGCAUGCUCAGCGUGUUCACAUGUACGGAUGGAGCCAGGGAGAAUCUGCCUGAAUGUGGUUGUGUGAAUGUGCGAGAGCAGACUUUCUGUGGCCUUGAGCGUUCACAGGGAGUUUUCUCCAAGGAGUUGAGGGAGCAAAUUAUCCCAGAUUUGGGGGAGCAGGCUAGUUUCUCACACGCAGUGGGUUGUUUAGCCAAUGAUAUUCUACACAGAGUAGACCCAUUGGCAUUAAUACAAAUAAGUAAUUAAUUUUAAUUGCAAGGGGUUUCAGCCAAUGUUAGUCCUCCUCAGAACAGAUCCUCUGAAAUGAAUCAAUAUGCAUAGCUGUUAACGUUUCCCUUUUUUAAAGGGAAAUCCCCUUAUUCCGAAUAGGAUUCCUCGCAAGAAAAGGGAAAAGUUGACAGCUAUGUGAUAUGGCUCACUUUGUUCUAUGAAUUGCAGGGGUCGACUCUGUGUAGGAAGUGCUUGGAUGAAACCCAGUGGAUUUACUCUGAGUAGCCUGGACAUUUUCCCUCUUAUCUCAGCUCUGGCAAACGUUAGAAGCGUGCUCCCAAUUUUAAAAUGAAAGCUGGGAAUUUGGAGGUUACAGCUGAUGGGGGGACGUCACUUCCCCUCCUUGCACCCAUAGGUGGGGCAAUUUGGGAAAGCAACUGAAAGAAAAGAUGGGAUCGUUGUUUCCCCACUGCCUGUUUCAUCUAAAUCUCCAGAGAUUUGGGAGGAAAGUCCCCCCUCAAAAAAAAAAAAAAAGGGAUUGACAGCAGAUUUCAGGAUUUAUAAAAGCAAAUUAUUUCACCCCGUUGUGUAUAAAUCACUUGCGGAAUUACUGGCAGCAAGCUCUGGCGAGGUCCCCUGGCUUAGAAAAAUGGUUGAGAGGAAAUCCACAAAGGAGAAGGACUAUCACUGGCAGCUAAAUGGAACCUCACUGUGCAAGGGCAGUAUACCUCAGAAUACCUUUGGUAAGUUUUCUUGUUUUUGAGAUAAGAGGGAGAAGACCAGGGAGCCAGGAGGGGAAUCCUCGAAUCAGGGCCAGUUUGCAACACGGCGAAGAGAUUGCACCCAUCCCAAAAGUAAAUAAAUAAAUGACUGAAGAUGUAAAUCUUGAACAUUGCAGGUGUGUCCUGCAUUGGAGUCUGUGGAUGUAGUAAAUAAACAAACAAAUGUCUUGUGCUGUGGGGAGAAACACAGGUAAGCCCCACCCCACAUAAUCACAUGACGCAGCAGGCACACACUUUUUGGAUGGCAAUUCACGUCAACUUUGGGGGUGGGCAGACCCCCCAAAUAUUGGGGGGGGGCAUCGAAGGGACCUUGGCCCCUAGGUGUUGGCUCCUGUGCACAGAAGACAAAAUCAGGCUUGACUAUUACCUUCACAGACCUGGGUAAAAAGUAGCAACAUGAGUUUCAACAGGGAUAAAUGUAAGGUUCUUCACUUAGGCUGGAAGAAACCAGAUGCACAAUAUAAAAUGGGGACAGGUGGAUUGCGAGUCGUAUAAGGGAAAAGGAUCUUGGAGUCUUGGUGGACCACCAGCUUAACAUGAGUCCACAGUGUGUUGCAGCAGCAAAAAAAGCUAACACCAUUUUAGGCUGCAUCCAGAGAAGUCUAGCAUCCAGAUCAAGGAAAUCAUAGUCCCACUCUGUUCUGCCUUGGUGAGACCACACCUGGAGUCCAGUGUCCAGUUCUGGGCACCACAAUUUAAGAAGGAU